GCGCAUGCGCAGCUCCGGGAGUGCGCAGCGUGGCGAUCGGCGGUGCACUGUGUCCCUCGGACACAGCGGAUUACCAAUCAACGGAAAGAGCCGAAGAUGUCAGCUCGGUCAUGUGAUCAGCUGUGUCCAAUCACAGCUGAUCGUACUGGUCAUCAGGGCACUGAUGAUCAGUGUGCCCUGAUGAUCUGUGUAGCCCCAGCAGUGCCACCUGUCAGUGUCCAUCAGUGCCAGCUGUCAGUGCCCAUCAGUGCCAUAUCAAUGCCACAUUUCAGUGCCUACCAGUGCACAUCAAUGCCACAUAUCAGUGCCCAUCUGAGUUGCCUUUCAGUGUCACCCAUCAAUGCAAGUCAGUGCCACCUAUCAGUG